CCUUCCCUGACAGCAAUGAUGUGAGGGCAGCCUGCCACCGCUUGCAGGACUGAAGAGGGCGCGCUGCAAAGACCAGCAGCCGACCGUGGAGAGCCCGGGAGUGGAGUUGGACAAUCCUCGGAGAGAAGAAAUGAGGUAGCGGCGAUCCCCGAAGCCGACCAUGCGUGCGCCCCGACCUUGGAGCCCAAUGCUGCGGUGGUGGAGCUGGUCUGGACAGUGAGCUGGCGGAGCGUGAGUCCCCGGCAUCCCGCUGGAGCGAAGAUGCAGUGAGCCACCGCGGGACUGCUGCGCGGGGCCCGCCGAGGCCAGCCGGACCUAUCAUCUAACCACACUUUGGGCUCGCUACUGAUUCCAGGACUUGCUCAGCUGAGAGGUUCUCGGUCUCCAGCACCCCUAGUAGGUGGGGAGCCCUGGACCCUGGGCAAACUGCUGAAGAGUUUCCGCGGCUUCUGGCCCCAGGCCCGGGGUUUGUGUGUAUGUGGCAGGGGGCCCUGUUCACGUUGGCCGGAGUUCCUGCAGAUUCCCGCACCACCCCGUUGCUUUUGCCGAGGCUCCCUCUAUUUAUUUGUAUGCGCGCAUCUCGCUUUUCUUCUGACAUUUUCCGCUCCACUCUCCUUCCCUUUUCUCUCGUUGUGUUGCUUGCCUGAGACUUUUUGCCCUCGUCCUUCACCAGGCUGGGGUAAUUCUCUGUGUGUGCGCCUCCACCCCUUACAAACUCGAAGCUGAAUAUUUUCCUUUAACAAUUCUUCCCCACCCCCUGCGGGGAUCCCAAGCACUAUCCGUUCUUCCCUGCCCCCCUCUUCCUACCACUGGCCGGCUCCCAGCAGUUUUAUCUUUCGGUCUUGCCCGGGCCAAGCCCGGCCGGGGCUGGUGGCUCAGCUGGGUUCAGACCCGGGGCUCGGCCGCCGCCGCCCAGCUGCGCCCGGGUGCCCUCCAGAGAUGCUGCCCUGGAAGAAGCACAAGUUCGAGCUGCUGGCCGAAGCGCCGCCGCGGCAGACGUCCAAACCCAAAGGCUACGCUGUGAGCCUGCACUACUCAGCGCUCAGCUCGCUAGCGAGAGCGUGCCCCGAAGGCGCGCUCAGUCGGGUGGGAAGCAUGUUCCGCUCCAAGCGCAAGAAGCUGCACAUUACCAGCGAGGACCCCACAUACACCGUGCUCUACCUGGGCAAUGCCACCACCAUUCAGGCGCGCGGCGACGGCUGCACCGACCUAGCCGUAGGUAAGAUCUGGAGUAAAAGCGAGGCGGGCCGUCAGGGUACCAAGAUGAAGCUCACGGUGAGUGCACAAGGUAUCCGUAUGGUGCACGCUGAAGAGCGCGCGCUGCGCCGCCCGGGCCACCUCUACCUGCUGCACCGCGUCACCUACUGCGUGGCAGACGCGCGGCUACCCAAGGUCUUCGCCUGGGUGUACCGGCAUGAGCUGAAGCACAAGGCGGUAAUGCUGCGCUGCCAUGCCGUUCUGGUGUCUAAGCCGGAGAAGGCGCAGGCCAUGGCCCUGCUGCUCUACCAGACUUCGGCCAACGCUUUGGCGGAAUUUAAACGCCUCAAGCGGCGGGACGACGCGCGUCACCAGCAGCAGGAGCUGGUGGGUGCGCACACUAUCCCGCUAGUGCCCCUGCGCAAACUGCUCCUGCACGGAUCUUGCUGCUAUAAACCGCCGGUGGAGCGGAGCCGCAGCGCGCCCAAGCUCGGCUCCAUCACCGAGGACCUGCUGGGCGAACAGCAGGAGCAGGAGCUACAGGAGGAAGAGGAAGAGGAGCACCCCGAGGGCUGCCUGGAGGAAGAGGAGGAGGAGGAGGAGGAGGAGAAUCGUGUGGGGGUGGAGGGCCCAGCAGAAGAGGAGACCGAGGCACAGAGGGCACUGGUGGUGGCCAUGCACUUCGAAUGUGGGGACUUGCUAGACACCAUGGAGAAUGGGCGCGAGGAGAUGCUGGGGGGCGGCGUCGUCUCGCUGGGCCCUGGGCUGGGGACUCCACCUCCGCUGUCGUGCAGCGCCUCAGACGUGAAGGCUCAGCUGUCGCAGCUUAUUAACGACCUGGGAGAGCUCAGUUUCGGCAACGAUGUGCGCACCCUGCAGGCAGACUUGAGGGUGACGCGCCUGCUGUCGGGCGAGAGCACUGGCAGUGAGAGCUCCAUCGAGGGCGGAGGCCCGGACGCAACCUCCACCACUGCUGGGAACAAGUCUGGUUCCGCAGACAGCUCCAGCCCGGACGAGCCCCACUCGGGUUGAGCUCCCAGCAGACUCCUCGGUGCUCCCCUGGCACCCCACAGUGGCUCCCCAACCGUCGUUCUAGCAAUCUCCCUAUUCCCCGCCUGCAUCCAAAGGAAAUCGGGCACGUGGGGCCCUGGUCCUGGGUUCCCUAUGGUCCUCCCCAUCCACCCCGCGCCCUAACACUUUUUGCUCUUUUGGAGGCGGCUCUGGUUGCGAGUGGGGAUGUGGGAGAUGUGAAAGAGAAAACCCUACGGAGGAGAAAGGGGUAGUCUUCUUGGUGGUGGUGAAGAGAAGGGCCCCUGAAGUUCAAAUAGUCCAGGAGGGCAGUGUGAGGUGCCUGUCCGCCAGUUUCCUGUUUGCUAAGCAGCUGGGGCCUGAGGAGGAGGGGUUAACUUCCUCCCUCAACCCCUCACUGGGCGAGGCCUUGCCCUGUCAUUGAGAUAUCAUUAAAAAAAAAAAUCUCACAAUGUUUAAGGUUUAAAUACCACUCUUUUGCACCCAGUUCUUUUUGGUGAGAGAGCUUGGGCUGUUUACCUCAGACUCAGACUCUUGAAAUUCUGCCAAAUUCCUCAAAUAACUAUUGGGGGGGGGGUGUUAUGAAAGAAAGCGGCAUUUUGUUUACAGUUAAAGACAUCUAAUGUCUAAAAAAGAGUUCUCCUUUAGAGUCACAUACACCUUCCUCCUGGCCCAAAUAUCUCACUCCAUGAUGCUGUGUAAAAUAUUUUUGCACUGUUGUGAAGUAUUUUUGACAUUUUUUGUACAUAACUGUGUUCUCAGAGCUGAAUGUUUAUAACUUUUGCUGUGCAAAAGAAACAUGUAAAAUGUUGUUCAGUUGUAUAUAUGGAAAUGUGUAUAAAACAUUUUGUUAUUUUUUGAGUAGCACUGCUCUGGUUCUGUUGGCAUGCCAUGGGGAAGAGAAUAAAUAGGAAAAUUUAACAGAACAGGUGAGCAUCUGGAACUGCUACAGGGGGUGCUCAGAUCUAAGUUGUGCAUGGUCUUGGGCCUUUCUGGACGACACAACUCUCGGUGCUGUGUCUGGGACCCAACAGUGUUCCAUAUUCUUCAUUUAAAUUGUUUGAGCAUGGGCUUUCCCUCACCUUUUUGAGCUAAUUUUCGGAGAGGUCAGGGUGAGCUCCAUUUCCCACUUUCAGACCUGAGAGGCUAUGUGUGGAGGAGUGACAAGGUCUGCUAAGGUUUUGCCACCUCUUCUGUGGGUUGUCUUAAUGAUCAAGAAUAAGGAUACUGCCUGAUCUAUUCCCUUACAUUCAAGGAGUUUUAGAAAUGAAUUCCAGACCUAAAGGAAGUUGCCAUGGGCUCUCCGAGGAGUGGGGCAGUCUCUGCUUUUCCUGGGAGGAAAACCAAGUAGAGAGAAAAGUUGUAAGUUCCAAUCAUGUGUGAAUGAGUCAUGUGCAGGUGGGGUGGGGGUGGGUAGCGGCUUGCAGAGCCCGUUUCCUUCCCCUCUACAACCCAGCCUGGCCCAGUGGGAAUGGUAUGGAGGGCAAGGCAGAGGGGCUGUUAGAGAGCUUGGUCUGGGUAUGUGUUAUAGGGUUUUCAUUUUUUCCUGUGCGUUUGUUUCUGUUGUAAACUCCCAACAGAUGUCUCUAGUUGGGCUACACCCGAUCAGCUGGAAGUUGUAAUAAGAUGCUGCCACAACUGUGCCUUCUGCAAUUUAUUUUUCCCCUUUGCCCUUUUGGGCCUCCUUUGUUAUAGAAAUGGAUCUGCCCCCCCCCCCCACUCUGCCUUCCCUGAUGUUUUGCUUUGUUUUUGUCAUAAAUGUGUUCUGAGCAGUUAGAACCAGAGAUCCCAAGGAGUCUGGAAUUCACAGAAACCAGAGAGGAAGGGAGGGUGAAAGAUUUUUUUCCCCCUAAUUAGUGGGAGUGGUUCAAGAAUAAGACUGUCUUUGGAAAAAGAAAAACACCAAGGGAAUAGGUGGGAAAAAUUUUAAAAAAUUUUUUAUUUGUUUUAAUUAGUUAUACAUGACAGUAGAAUGCAUUUAUGCACUUUGAUAUACCAUUCAUAGAUGGGAUAUAAUUUCUCAUUUUUCUGAGUGUACAUGUUGCAGAAUCAUAUUGGUCAUGUAGUUACAUAUAUACAUACAGUAAUAAUGUCUAUUUCAUUCUACUGUCUUUCCUAUUCCCACAUCCCCUCUCUCCUCUCCCAUCACUUCCCUCUACCUAAUCUAAGGUAAUGCUAUUCUUCCUAGUGCCCCCCACCUUACUGUGAAUUAGCAUCCACAUAUUAGAGAAAGCGUUCAGGUUUUGUGGGAUUGGCUUAUUUUGCUUAGCAUGAUAUUCUCCAACUCCAUCCAUUUACUGGCAAAUGCCAUAAUUUCACUCUUCUUUAAAGCUGAGUAAUAUUCCAUUGAGUAUAUCUACCACAUUUUCUUUAUUAAUUCAUGUAUUGAGGGACACUUAGGUUGGUUCCAUAGUUUAGCUAUUGUGAAUUGAGCUGCUAUAAACAUUGACAUGGCUGCAUUACUAUAGUAUGCUGAUUUUAUUAAAAAAAAUAUUUAGUGUCUUCUUAAGGACCUUGGGAUAUGGGCCAGGCCUUUGAAACUGUUUUAUUUGUUUUGGAAGAGUUCCUAUUCCUCUCCCUGAAUACCUGAGAUAUAUAUCCUUGAGUGGCGAUUUAUUUAAUUUAAUUAAUUUAUUUAUUUGUGGUACUGGAGAUUAAAUCCAGAGGUGCUCUACCACAGAGCUACAUCCCUGGCCCUUUUUAUUUUAUUUUAUUUUGAAACAGGGUCUUGCUAAGUGCUGAGGCUGGCCUCCAACUUGUAUUGCCUGCCUCAGUCUCCUGAGUGACUGGGAUUACAGGUUACGCCACCAUGCCCAACUUGGACCAUACUUCUAAAUGCCUAGUAGAGAUCAGGAAGGUCAAAGCCAAGUCUACCUGCACACCCACAUUGAUGUGGCCUUCCACAUCAGCAGAUAGCUGUGUGGGCCAUCAUCAUCUUGUAGGACUAUAUCUCACAUUUCCAAUUAUUUCCACACAUUGCCAACUCCUCUGCUGUUCAAAACUUGUGAAGACCACAAACCGUGGAUAUAAUAUGGCUGAUACUUGGGAGCUGAGCAGGCUGUGUCUGCCUCAUUCUUAUCCAAUUUAUGUGUCUGUUGAGAAUGCCAAGGUUGGUUUUCAUCUAUGGUGAAUGCGGGUAUGGUAAUUGGUCAAAAAGCUCAGACAAAUUGCAUUUAAAUCAACACCAUCAAUAAAUAUAAGUCAACUGUC